ACUUGUUAAUCUAUAAUAACUUAAAAGGAGAAAAAAUUACCAAGGGAAACUGAAGGAACAACAACUAGUCCAUGGAGAAGAUUUUUUCAUUCUCAGCUCAGGCCAAGAAGAUAGGUGAUGCACUCAAUCAUUUUAAUUCGACCAUAUUACGUUGCAUAAUUUUUUGCCUGAUAAUCACAUUUGAGGCAUUUUUUUCUUGUUUUUCUUCGUUAUUUCGAGGCAUUCGUUUGGUUUUUAGUACUACAUUUAAGAAGCUUGAUAAUGCUGACACUUCAUCAAAGGCAAAAAGUUGUUGCCAUGAAAAAAUUGUGAAUAAUGAGGGACUAUUAGAGGAAGAUGUUGAGACAGUACUCGAUACACUAAUGAAUUUUUGCAACCAAAAUGGCGAUAAGGUCAAUUUUGAUGAGGUAGAAUUGGUCGAGGUUUUUGAUUCGUUUGAUGAAACGAAGCCUAGUUUGGAGGAAGUUAAAGAAGCAUUUGAUGUGUUUGAUGAGAAUGGAGAUGGCUACAUUGAUGCUAAUGAGUUAAACAAAGUUAUUUUCAAGAUGGGGUACUUGGAAUUUUCGGUAUUGGAUUGCCAAAGGAUGAUUAUACCAUUUGAUGAAAACAAAGAUGGAAAAAUUGAAUUUGUUGAGUUUGUGAAGCUCAUGGAGCAUAUUGUUCAGUAACUCUGCAUCAUUUGU